AUGUCCGAUACAGAGGAGUAUACUUCCCCGGCCGCCAUUUUCUUGCAAGAGGAAGUCACUCGACUCGGUACAUCCCCAGGCCUUCGAGCGCUUCCGGCAGGCCCCAUACGCGACUUGAUUGUUUUCAGCUGGGGCCCACUCAUCUAUCGAACUUGCUAUACACCUGAAACGAAACACAUAAUUCCUAUUUUCUUGCGCUGUUUGAAUAAUGCCGUGAGCAAAUCCCUAGGUCAAACGCUCACAGGCUCAAAAGAGGAGCUUGACGCACUGAUAAAAAGCUAUUCCUCCAAAAUAUUCACAGCCCACGGAAAAUACAAUGGUCUCGAUGAAGAUGGGAGCUACCCAGUCGACUCCGAGUCUGCCUAA